AUGCACGAAAUGUCACACAUGGGCCCUCGGGCCUUCAACCAUGAACAGAGCAGCGACGCCGAAGCCGAAUAUGAUCGUCUUCGCGACCUAGCCAGACAAGAAGCCUCGAAGCGCGGCUCGUGUUUCCAACGGUCCCAAGAAGCCUACAGCAAUGGCGACGGCGCAGCGGCCAAGGAACUGUCGGAGCAGGGCAAAGCCCACGGUCGCAAGAUGGAAGAGUACAACCGGCAGGCCUCCGAGUUUAUUUUCCGCGAGAACAACGCCAACGGGCGCGUCGAGCCGGAUACCAUCGAUCUGCACGGACAAUUCGUGGAGGAGGCCGAGGAAAUCCUGGAAGAGCGCAUUAAAUACGCGCGGCAGCAUGGCCAGAAUCAUCUUCAUGUAAUCGUCGGAAAAGGCAAUCACUCCGCAAACCAUGUGCAGAAGCUCAAGCCCCGCGUCGAACAAGUCUGUCAAGAACUCGGCCUCCAGUAUGCCACCGAGGAGAACGCCGGACGGAUCUACGUCAACCUGACCGGUGGAGCGGCCGAGAUGCCCUCCUACGGUGGUUAUCCAUCGCAACACCAGUACCCCGGACAGCAGCCGCAUCAUCAACAGCCGCAUCACGGGCAGCAACAACAACACCAGCAGCAGCAGCAACAGCAACAGCAGGACCCCGUGGAACAAGUGGUCAACGCUGUUCUUCCGAAGGUCAUGCGCAAGCUGGAGAAAGCUUGCUGUAUUGUCAUGUAG